AUGGAGAUUGGUUCGAACAGUGCUGAGAAUCCUUUAUUAAAUGAGAGUGAAGAAGUUGAGGAACCGAAAAGGGGUAUGUGUUUUAGCUCAAAGCAAGAAAUGUAUUCAUUUUAUGCCAAAUAUGCUAAACAUGUUGGAUUUUUCAUAGCUUAUAAAACUCAAGCUUGUGGCGAUGAUGGGGAAUUAAGAUAUUUUGGGAUUGAAUGUUCUCGAUCAGGAAAGAGAAUCAAAAAAUCAGAAGUAAACCCUCUAAAGCCAUCUUUGUCUACAAAAAUUGAUUGCAAAGCAAGGGUACAGGCAACCUUACAAAAGGAUGGGAGAUUUAUGUUAACCACAGUUAAGCUUGACCAUAACCAUGACUUGAUUCCCACAGAGUCACGUCAUUUUACAAUGAAUAAGAAAAUUCUUACUCCUGUGAAGAGAAGAUUAGAAAUUAAUGAUCAGGCAGGGAUUGGGGUGUCUAGAAAUUAUCACUCAAUGGUUGUUGAAGCUGGGGGUUAUGAGUCAUUAACAUUUGAUGAGCGAGAUGCACGAAAUUACAUUGACAGAGCUAGAAAAUUGAGGCUUGGAGAAGGAGAUUCCGAUGCACUUCAAAAAUAUUUUUUGAGGAUGCAUGCACAAAAUUCGAGUUUCUAUUAUAUGAUUGAUGUUGAUACUGACUUUCGCAUAAGAAACUUGUUUUGGGAGGACGCAAUGAGUCAGGCGACUUACAAAGAAUUUGGAGAUGUUGUUUCAUUUGACACAACUUACCUCACUAAUAAAUAUGAUAUGCCAUUUGCUCUGUUUGUAGGAGUUAACCACCAUGGACAGUCGAUUUUGCUUGGUUGUGGCCUGUUAUCUAGUGAAGACACUGAUACAUUUGUUUAG